UUAAUCCACGUUCAGUGACGUUCAAGUCGAAAUGGAGGCAAAUUUGUAAAGUUGAGGUACUGUUUUCGCGGAAUGUAGCUAUAAAAAUACCAGGAAGCGUUGUGGAAGUAAUUUUUUGAGAAUUAAUGUAGCAUACGAGAAACUGGUAGGUGCGUGAAGGCGUGACAAUGUCACAGACCACGCUUCUAGAGGAGGUGACCUCCUGGAGUCCGGAGAUCUGUGGCCAGGAGCUGAUGUCUGUCCUACCAAAGCUCGUCUCUAUGUAUCAAAACACCAACAACUGGGAAGAAAGUAUACGUAUCCUGAGAAUAAUCUCUGAGAUGUUUCUUCCACAUCUCGGAGUGUCUGACCUGGAAGAAGAGUGUUUCUCCAAGGUGUUACCCAAGGUGGUAAAGGUGUUCGGUAGUUUAAUGGAUGAGAUUUCAAAACAAAUUGGGGAACUGUCCAGUCAGAACUCUGAGCUGCGGUCAUAUCUAAGGGACGUUCUUCAGCUCAUGAUUCAAGUGCUGGAAGUUUUGUCAGGUGUCAUUCGUCUCCUCUGUGCUCCUGAGAAAAGUCUGACCUUGGGCUCAAUUCGGUCCUUACCAUCUUGCGUUCUGAAGCUUCUGAAGGACACCUUUGAGCACUGUAAGGACAGUGAGGCUGUAUACUGCGGCCGACUGUCUGUGGUGGCUGACCUCCUUCAGGGCCUGUUUAAAGAGGCAUACACUCUCCAGAAAGGUCUGACAGAGCUGCUGGACAAAACAGCCGUGGAGAACAAGAUCUCCGAAGAGGAAAUUUCUGAUAUUGUCAUCGUAAUUCAUAGCCUUUUGGAAAUAUGCACCGUAAUAUCAAACCUGGACGUUGCACUUCAUGCCAACACUUGGAAGUUUAUCAUUAAGCAGAGCAUCAAGCACCAGGCCCUGUUGGAGGAGCACCUCCGUCAUGGUGACAUCGUCACUCGUCUGUGUGAUGACUUGCUCGCCUCGUUCUACUCCUGUUGUGAGCUGGCUGAAGAAAUGAAGCAAGCAGGCUUGCAGGAGGUGCAAUGUCCUGAGUACAAGUUGUUCCAGAAAUCUGCAAAAAUGUGCCGGUUCUUUGCCAACACGAUGGUGCACUACGUUAAGGAAUUCAAGGCUUUUCUAUCAAAAUCCUGUGGCCUUUUUCACCAUGUCUACCUCCAGAUUUUUAGUAAGCUGUCCCCCAGCCUCUACUGUGCCUCGAUGGCGACCUGCCAUCAUCUGGAGUUGAGCAGCGGGGUCCUGGCCGCUGUGGAUGCCCUCGUCACCCAGCUGCUUCCCUGCAGAGCCUUUGCGGAGGUCCUGUUGGCUCCAGGGCAGGAGUUAGUUCCAGAAACCCUGUUGGCACACUGCCUCCUGCUCAUUAGCGUCGUGGCCAAACUGCGCUCCCAGCCAGAGGAGGUGCUUUGCCUCUGGUGCGAAGGCAGCCGAUUCCCGGAGGAGACGCCCAGGUCCUCCGUCUUCCAGGCAGUGUUCCGGAGCUUCCGGCAGUGUUCUGCGGAGCGGGCCGCGCCCCUCCUGGUCCCAGGGGUGAUGAUGAACGGACAGGCCCAGGGCCAGGUGACGCUGCACCGGCAUGUGUGCAUCCAGCUGUGCGCCUGCGUGGCUGCGCUUCCAGCUUCCGUCUUCCCAAAUUUGGAGCGCUCCCUGCUGGACGCAGUACUUCAGCCUGACACCCAGACUGCCCUCCUCGCGACCGACGUCUGGUGUUUCCUGGCUCGCUUCGGCACAGCAGAGUUGUGCCUGCAUCACGUGACGCUCGCUGCUCAUCUGAUCAAAUCUUGUCCUGGGGAGUCUCACCAUGUGAUCCACCUGGGCCUGUUGCUGAGACGACUGUUGUUUCUGACAACGCCACAACAUCAGAUGGAGCUGAUAGAGAAACUUCCCCCCGGCUUGGCGGAGAACCAGCCCGUGUGGCAGCACGUCCUUCUGAGGGCGCUCUCGGAGGAUGCCAGGAAGCGUGUGCGGCGGGACGUGGAGACCCUGGCGAGCGAUGUCGUCGGCGGCUGGCUGGAGAAGGGGUGCAGGCUGGGGGAGCUGGAGCAAGUGGUGAGGAUGGGAGAGAGCAGCCUGGAGGCCAGAUCGCCGGCGGGUGUUGCAGACUGUAGUGGGAAUUCUCUCUGUCCGCAGAACCUGGUGCUCUCUUCCCUGCUGGUCGUGGCUCGAGAGGAGGCCCCAGAGUGCUUGAUGUCCGCUGCUAGGCUGCUCACGCGGCUGUGGCCUCGUAUCUGCUCCCAGCAGGUGCAGAAGUACCCUGCAGUAAGGCAGACCCUGAAACUGCUCUUCUCAAUCUCUGCAGUUACAUCACAAAAGCUGGACUCCAGUGUCAUCUGCCAGGCUUUGACGUGCCUCAGCUCCCUGCUGUCCAUGACGUGCCCUGACCACAUCGUGCUGCUCGGGCUGGACUUCUUAGCCUCCUUGGGCCAGUUGUUUAUCCCUCCAGAAAUUCAGAACCAGGUCCUGCCCAAACUCUGUAGCCUCUUCAGUCAGCUGUUGGGGCAGACCAUCUGGCCUCUUCACCAGUAUGCCUUAGAAGCCUUUUCCCAGUUUGCAGAGGUAACUAAUCAUGAAGAAGUGAUAGCGCAGAGUCUGACGUCAGACGGAAUGAAAAACAAAGUGCUGAAUUUCCUUAGCAAGAAAGUUAAUGGCGAGGAAACAGUGGAAGCACGAGGGAAGCGAUUAAAAGAAGAAAGGGUUAUUUACGAACAGCACUACGCCAGACUGGAAACUGAGGAAGAGUCGCCGCUUGCUGGCUUAGAGCCGUGCUCUAAACGGGCCCGACAGCUGACGAGCGAAGAGGAAGAGUUUGAGAAGCACCUCCAGACAGCAGAAAGCACCUUGGCCGCGUUGCACUCUUUGGCGAGACAGACGCCGGCACCCCAGUGGGUGAGUGCCAGACUGCGGGAACUGCAGGUGCUGAUAACCCAGAUCGGCACGGCUGGCCCCCCCAAGGAUGUAGCGUUCUGUUAGCAAAAUGAGACCAAAAUACCACCGUACUGUGCAUUCAUGCUUGUUUAUGCGCCAUGAACUUUCAUUGAGCUUCUUUCACCAGGAUGCCAUUGUGUCUCAGGGUUGUAGUGACUCUGUACUGUUUAUCUGGCUGCUGUCAACACUUGCUCACUAAGGCAAAUGUCAUUUUUUAAUAAAUGUUAA